CUUCUCCAUAAACCUUCGCUGACCCUGCGCCUCUCCCAUUCCCACUCACCGUCCCCUAACCCUUUCCCUUCCCCCUUCCACCGAAUCGAGGGCGAUGGACAACCCCCACGCGUUUGAAGCCGCGCGCGCACAGGACCAAUACGACGAAAACGGCGAGCCGCCGCAGACCCAGCCGGAAAGCCAAGAAUACCACCACCACAUCCCGCUGCCCACCGCGGACGCCGUCCACUGGGGCGAAAUCGAGCCCGUCACCAGCCACGAGGCUCUCCCACGCGUCUCGUUCCCCAAAGCGCAGAAGGUCAUCACGAUUGGCCGGGGCGGACACAACAGCGUGCCGCUCCUGAGCCUCAAGAUCAGCUGGAAUCACGCGAACAUCCUCUGGAAUGGCGCCGAUGGAGAGGGGGCCGAGUUCACCGUAUACGACUUGUCGACGAACGGGACCUACAUUGGCACGGAGAAGAUCGGAAAAGGUCAAAGCCGCAGCUUGCGCAACGGGGAGCAGAUCUCGUUCUCGACCGCGCCGACGGGAGGCGGAGAGCGGGACCCGCGUACGGAUUUCCGAUUCAUGUUUCGCGAAUACGUCUCCGGCGUCGACUCAAUGCGCCCGGUGCUCAACACGUACAAGCAACUGAAGGUGCUCGGGUCUGGCGCGUUCGCUAUCGUAUACAAGGCGGAGCGGAAAGGCAGCCCCUUCCAGUGCGCGAUCAAACAUAUCCGCAAGGCCCAAGGGUAUUCUGCGGUCGACGCGCACGACUCGCGCAAGACGCUUCAUGACCGGGAGAUCAACAUCAUGAGGAAUUUGAAGCACCCCAAUAUCUGCAGCCUCAUCGAGUGCUUCUGGAAUGCCGACUCUUCUGUCGAUCUCGUCAUGGAGCUCAUCGAGGGCGGAGAUCUGCUGGAGGCUGUCAUCAACAACGGAGGACUUCCGGAAUGGCUGGUGCAGCGGAUCGCAUACCAAGUUACGGACGCGCUCCAGUAUAUGCACAGUUUGGGAGUCACUCAUCGUGACUUGAAGCCAGAGAACAUCCUUUUGACUCGGGAUCUCGUGGCCAAAGUUGCCGACUUCGGUUUGGCCAAGAUAGUGGACGAAGCCACCAUGCUCAGGACGAUGUGUGGGACGCCGGCCUAUCUCGCACCAGAAGUCGUCAUGCAAAUCAAAGGCAGCGGGUAUGAUAACAAGGUCGACAGCUGGAGUUUGGGCGUGAUCAUCUUUUCUUCAGUAACCAACGCUGUCCCCUUCAUCGAGGACGAAUCUUUGGACCUCAAACGUCGCAUCAUGGAGAGAACGCUCGACUGGGGCCUCCUCGAUCAACCGUUCUACGAUGAUCAGCCGCUUUCCGAAGACGCCAAGUCUUUCGUCCGAGCGCUCCUGGUGGUGAAUCCGGCGCAGCGGAUGGGCGCAGCGGAUGGGUUGCGCCAUCCCUGGCUACAGAGCUACGAAGCUCUCUCCCUGCCACCCACCAUUGGCAAGCCGACCUCGAGUCCCGAGAUCGGAUCCCGUAUCCCUGCAGAUGCGCAAUCGUACAUCUCGUUGGUGGAGUCCAAGUCGAGCUUCCUGGACGUCAAGCACGGCUUUGGGCACAUGCAGCUCAACGCUAGCAGCAGCAGCGUUGCUCCGGUCGACCGACCGGAUAGCGACGACCGGGAGGACACACCCGCCCCGGUAUCCGCCGUCGAGGACUCGAGACUCAAGAGCGGGCUGAUCCGGGGCAGCCAGGCCGUGCGGGAAGCGGCAGCGGCGGGCGUGUUCUUCGAGCCGCCGUCGGCCAUGGUCAGCUACUUCCAGUCGCUGUCGCUCGGCGCCAAGGAGGCCAGCACUCCCGCCGCCAACGGCAAGGGCAAAGGCAAGGGCAAACGGAUGCACGACGAGGCGGCGGCGCCGAUGAUCGAAGACGUGCUGGACAGCUCGCUGAGCAGCCUGGACUCGUCCCCACCCGAGCCGCUGCGGAAGAAGACGCGGAACAACGCUGGGAAGGUCGCGGAUGAUGCGUCGCCGACCAAGGCUCCUGCUCGGCCCAAGCGGGCAUCGGCUGCGGCUGGCAAGCCAGCUUCUAAUCGAAAAGGCCGCAAGGCCAAGGACGAGCCGGUUCCGGCCCCGGUCCCGACGCGAAGAUCUACGCGCAAGCGGUCAUAAUCUGUCUGUUUUUUCUAUACUUUUCUCUCUCUGUCUUGUACUGUGCACAUUGCUUCCUCCACUGCAUUACCACUCAUCGCUAUCACACGCAUGCUAUACACCACCUAGCCUAUCACUUGUUACUGUGUACUUGCCUGGGAUUUGUCUGUAACACAUUAUCAUUUGGUGGCACUUGCCAAGGCCCAACGAGGAUGACGAGAGGACCCUGAGGAGCACUGUUGACCAAUGCAGGCGAGGUAGGAGGGCGGACUCGCAGCUGACCCGCGC